AAUGGGUGAUACUCAACUCAAAAAAAAAAAAAUCAAUAUAAUCAAUGGAAUCCAGAAGAAACAAAAGUAUUGGUUGAGUUACUUGUGGAAGGAAUUAAGCGUGGAUAGCGUGAUUCUUGUGUUAACCAUGGAAAAUAAAAUACUACCAGUCCUCAAUGAAAGACUUGGAUGCCAAAAAACAUAUACAAAAUAUCAAAGCAGAAUAAAGUAUUUGAAAGUCCAAUACCAAAUUUAUUUGGAUCUUCAACGUAACAGCUCUGGGUUCGGAUGGGAUUCUGAGACAAAAAAGUUUACAGCUUCUAAAGAAGCACAUCCAAACCACAAAUAUAUGCGAUACGACUCUCAUGAUAUGUUUGAAGAUCUUCAAAUUGUAUUUGAUGGUGCAACCGCCAAUGAUAGUAAGUCAGUUGGAUUGGGUGAUACUACUGAUGCACCUACUUGCAGAGUUGGUGAUGACCAAGUGAAAGAAACCUUGGUUUUUUGCGAGAGUGGCGAUGAUGGUCAUGUCGAGAAAUUUAUCCCAAGAAAGAGAUCUAGAACUAAAGCAUGCAACAAUUUAAAGGAGCUGAAGAGUGAUAACAAUGAUUCUGUGGUCACAAUGAGCAACAAGAUCAUUAGUAUCAUACAACAAAGAGAAGAAAGACAACAAAAGGAAGCUGAGCGAAGAGAAGCUGAGAAAAAGAAAAACAGUGUGUGGACCAAGGAUGAGACGGAUCGUUUUCUAUUAUCACGGACUGUAGAGUAUUUACAUGUAGUGAUAUCUUAUCAUGGAAAAUGCCCG